CGGAGGCGGAGCCGGUCGCCCCCCACUCCCACGCGGGCUCCUCGGGCUCCAAGGCGGGCGCUGCCGACAAGAUGUUCUCGCUGAAGAAGUGGAACGCGGUGGCCAUGUGGAGCUGGGACGUGGAGUGCGACACGUGCGCCAUCUGCCGGGUGCAGGUCAUGGAUGCCUGUCUUAGAUGUCAAGCUGAAAACAAACAAGAAGAUUGUGUUGUUGUCUGGGGAGAAUGUAAUCAUUCCUUCCACAAUUGCUGCAUGUCCCUAUGGGUGAAACAGAACAAUCGCUGUCCCCUCUGUCAACAGGACUGGGUGGUCCAGAGAAUAGGCAAAUGAAAAUGUCAGUUUUUCUGUUGAACGUGUUUGAAGAAGUAUAUGUCUAAUGCCAUAUACCCAUAUGAAGAGAGGAACACUCUAACUAUGGUGUGAUUCAUGCAAUUUAUAUCUGUUAAAAGAAUGUUAUGGGUUUUGUUGCGGUUGAACACUGUAGUGUGUUGCUGUACCAUUUUGAUUGGUCUUAUGUCAACAUCUUUUCACAACUAAGGCACACUACCUUAGAGUGUAGUGUUCUGGGUAUAAAUUUUAGCAACUACUUAGAAAUGAUUUGCUGCAAAAAAGACCCAAUUACAGUCUACCUUAUAUUUUUGGUAAGGAAAUGUAAAAAACAAUGCAUUCAAAAAGAAGGCCUCAUUCAUAAAAUUGAUAUGAUGUAUAACUGAGUCAAAACAAUUUUUACCAUGCGCAAUACUACAUCCACACCAAAGCACCAUAAAUAAUUUUGCUUUACAGUGAUGUUUGGACUCAAAUAAAUAGUAUGUGAAACAUUCAUUUUAUUGUGUGUUUUCUCUCGGUCCUCCUUUCCCCUACCUCCAGUAUGGUAGAAAUCUUAUUUAUGUUCUAGUGCAGACUUGUUUUUGUGAUGACUUAAAAAAAUCUGAAUUUAUAAUUCAUUGAAUAUUAACGGCCUUUUCUUUUAUAAUAUGUAUUUUGAUUCUCCAUCAUGCAGAAUAAACUGGUGCCACAUUAGAA